UCGGCCAUAUUCCGCCGAUCCGUCUCAAGCCAGCAGCCGCUCCGCUGCCGUGAGACCAUCAUAGUUUCAUUUCUCGGGGGAUGGUCUUCCAUUUAUCACGCUCCAAUUGAACAGAGUUCGGGUGAAAGACCGGUGAUUUUAUUCAGAGACGUUGACAGAAAACGGGCCGAGAUGACGACGCGAUCGGAGAGGGAAAAGGCUCAGAAACUAAACGAGCAGCAUCAGGCCAUUCUGUCCAAAAUGCUGAGAGAGGAUGAUAACAAAUACUGCGCCGACUGCGAAGCCAAAGGACCUCGAUGGGCCUCUUGGAAUCUGGGUGUGUUUAUUUGUAUCCGCUGUGCUGGAAUCCACCGGAACCUGGGAGUGCAUAUAUCACGUGUCAAAUCAGUCAACCUGGACCAAUGGACCCCCGAGCAGAUACAGAGUGUGCAAAGCAUGGGCAACACCAAGGCAAGACAACUGUAUGAAGCUCAUCUCCCAGAAAAUUUCAGACGACCACAAACCGACCAAGCUGUGGAGUUCUUCAUCAGAGACAAGUAUGAGAGGAAGAAGUACUAUGAUAAAAGUGCUGUCAAUGGAGCCAUUAAGACCUCUGAUGCUGCUUUGCCCUCAGUAUCAUCCCCCUCUUCACAAGCAGCUGAGAAAAGCAAACUGGAGAAGGAGAAAGAUAAGAAAAAGGAUGAGAAGAGGAGGGAAAAGGACACAGAUAAAGGGAACAAGCCAGCAGCAUUUGAGAAGAAGAGAGAGGACAACCUGACAGAUUCCAGAGCCAGUCCUAAGAAGAGCGCGGAGCCCGCCAUCGAUCUGCUAGGCCUUGAUGCACCCACAGCCAGCUCUGCCAGCAGUGGGGCGGGAACAAGCAGUGCUGCUCCAGUCAGUGAUGACCUAGACAUAUUUGGACCAAUGGUCUCCAACCCUCUGCCCUCAAGCACUAACACAAACCAGGCCAGUUCCAGUAUAGCAGCUGGGAGCGUUCAGGCCAGCUCCACCGGAGGGUCCGUGGCUGGUGCUACAGGCACAGGAUGUGCAGCUCUAGCACAGGGAGAUCUGUUUAGUGAAAACAGCGGGAGUUGCAAAGCAGAGGAGUCCGCCAAGAAACCUCUCUCCAAGGACUCCAUUCUCUCCCUCUACGGCUCCAACACUGUCCCACAACAGCCUGCACAAGCUACUGCAAUGUUCAUGGGUCCAUCUCAGAUGCAAUUUCCAGCACAGCCACAAGGGAACUUCCAAGCCUUCCCCGGAAUGGGAGCUGCCAUGCCGCCCACUACCAUGAUGGGAGCCGUCAUGGGCCAAGGAGCUAUGAUGGGUCAGAAUACAGGCAUGAUGGUUGGCAUGACGAUGCCCAAUGCUUUCAUGGGAAACGCACAGCCAGGGGUGAUGGGAUUGGCCCCAGGCAUGAUGGGACCUCAGGGCAUGGUGCCCCCUCAAAACAUGUAUGCCAUGCAGCCAGGUCAGCAAGGCCAGUGGAAUAUGGCACAGAUUAACCAACAGAUUUCUGGAAUGAGCCUGAAUGGUUCUGGUGCUCCAAUGGCAUUCGGCCCACCUGGUGCCCCCAUGGGUGGCUGGGUGGCACCACCCUCCGGUCAAACUCUCAGCACCCAGCUCUGGAAGUAAACGAACGAGGAAAGGUGGAGGACAAGGGGCACCACAUCCUUCCAUCUCCCCUCCACCAUCAACCGCACCCAGAGUUUUAUUCAUGUACGGUUUUUUUCUCCCAUCUCUUUCCAACCAUUACUACUCUGGAGAGCAUCAACUCAAUUUACGCUGUGUAUUGAUCAAGCAAGCAAGAGCAUGGAGUUUAAGAGACUGGCAGCUUUGUCCAUCUUAUUUGCAAUGUUUUUUCUUCUUCUAUAUAUAGAUUUUUUGGGGGGUUCAAAACACAUAUCAGCGAUGAAAGCUGCUGGACCAAUUAUACAGGCUUCUAAUAUAUCUUUACCAAAUCAAUAGUGAAUAAUAGUAUUUAAAUGACAGAGGUAUGGCUAUCAUAUUUGUGACUUUACCCCAUCCCUUUACUAAACUUCUGUGUAUAGAAGCCCCAUAUCCCAGAAAUCUGUAGCAAAUAUCGUAUAGACCCAUGUAAUGUAUGUAAUCAUGAGAUUGAGAAACCUGUCGUCCCUUCUCUCCAGCCUCUCACCCCACCACAUCCAUGUAGCUCCAUCUUUACUGUGAUGUUUUAAUGUGUGCAUUACAGAGAAGCACAGUGAGUAAAAGACAAAUAAACCUGGAAGACUGUACAGCUGCGAAUGUAACGGCUUGCAGAAAGAGGGGGGGAUUAAUGUGAGUGAAACUUGUUGGCGAGUUUUGGAGAGUAAGGACCGAACAAAAGCGUGCAGCCAAGCACGUCAGUCCCGCCGCUGUAGCAGAGGUUCUAUCCUCUCAGACAGGGUCUCUCUUCUGUGCAAUAAUAUAAACAUCUACACCUCGUCAUCCAGGUUUAUUUCUAUAACGUGUUUACAUUUUCUGGUGCCUAGUACAGAGAAAGAAAAAUGUAAUUUCCGUGCAUUAAAGAGUGAAUAGCCAUGAA